AUGAUUAAAAAAACGUCUAUUGAUAGAAAAGCUAUUUAUGAUCUAUUCCAAAACAUUGACAUGAUAUAUGCUUAAGCAUUAAUAUCGAAUUCUUUUCCUUUUAUAUAUGGCAUUCCGGACCAAUAAUAAAUUGAGAGUAGUUUGAACAGAGUGGAAGCUGAAUUAAUUUAAAAUAAAGGAAUUUGGACUGAGGCUCAGGAUUAAUAUUUAAAAAUAAUAGUCUUUGGAACUUGUUUAUAAACUAGAACACGGCCUUUAGAUUUGUCAACAUUGUAAUGGGAUUAAAUCUCUAGAAUAUUCAAAUUUCAUAAUUGGAAAGCAUGCAGGAAUCGGUGGCUAAAUGAGAAACGCAAAAAAGUUAACUGGACUCCUUAAGAAGAUUAAGUGCUUGUGUAAUUGUAAUAAUUACAUCCAAAUAAAUGGUGCGAAAUCGCCAUAGAAUUAAUGAAAAUCUGCUAAACUCCAUAUGUAAGAUUGGGAAAAUAAUGUCGAGACAGAUGGGUUAAUAAGCUUGACCCAAAAAUACUAAAUGUACCAUGGUAUAAGGAAGAAGAAUUAAAAUUAUUUUAGGAAGUAAAGAAAAGGGGUAAACGAUGGGCGGAUAUAUCAGCUUAAAUUUUUAAGUUUAAGAGAACAGAAAAUACAAUAAAAAAUAGAUUUUACAAUUUGUUAAAAUAAGAGGAAAACAGAUAGAGAUUAGGUAGAGUACCUAAAGAAGAAAGGGAUAUCCUAUUAAUUGAUUCGGUCAUUGAGACAUUAACAAGAGAUCUGAAUAAAUGUGACAAAUCGACAAGUCAAAAUGAAGCCAAUAUUGAAAAUAAGAAUUUUGAAUUCUUAGAAUUUAAUUCUUCAGACCUCGAUGGAUUAGUAAUAAUAAAACACAAGAAAAUAUAAAAAUUAAAUAAUCCUUGA